GGCGGUCUUGAUGUGGGCAGUUUGUUGUGGUUUCCUCUCCCUGCUGACGCAGACAUCCAUUCUUUCUGUUGCCAUGGUUCUGUAAAUGAUAACUGUUGUUUUUACAGCUUUAGCACCUGAUGAAACCCUCAUCUGCCCACCGAAAAGCUGAGGAUGAAGCCAAUUUCCCGUCGACAGCCCUGCUGUCCUUCCGCGAUUUGCCUAGUGGUGAUCAUACUUUGACGCCGCAAGAGUUGUGCUACUUCGACGACAUGGCCACGACGCUGAUCAUUGACUCUGUGCUGAAUUUUCAAACGCACAAAAUGCAUCCCAGAAAGAGGUACAUAAAACAAGACGAACGGAUGAUGACCGUAAACAUCAUGCGAGAAUUUCGCGAAGCGAAUGAUUUUUCGCUUGCGUUGAUGGAGUUCUUCUCGUUACGAUCGGUGAAGGAUUUUCUGUCUCGUCUCACCCUUCAGAAGCAGCUUGAAUUUAGAGAUCAUAUGAUUCGCUUCUUGAACGUGUUCUCUAUGAAAGCCGGAUUUACCAUUGACACAUGUAACCGUUACGCUGCCGAGCAGAACAUGGGUGCUAAACUGGUUGCCACUCGUCAUUGGCAACGAGGAGAAAAGAUCGAACGGCUUUGCGGGGUGAUUAGUGAAUUAGAUGAUCAGGAAGAGCAACAGAUAUUGCGUCCUGGAUUGAACGAUUUUUCCGUGAUGUACAGUAUGAGGAAAAAGUGUGCUCAGUUAUGGCUAGGUCCGGGAGCGUAUAUCAAUCAUGACUGCAGACCGAGUUGCCGAUUCGUGCCUAAUGGGCACACGGCGUCCAUCCAGGUUUCACGUGAUUUGAAGCCUGGCGAUGAAAUAACCUGCUUUUAUGGCGAAGACUUUUUUGGAGAAAAUAAUGAAAAGUGCGAAUGCAUGACAUGUGAACGCAGAGGAAAAGGAGUUUUUGCUAGUCGAGAGGAAAAUAGCGACAAUGCGUCAGGAAGCAGCGUUGACAUGGAUGACACUCACACGACGCAGCUGAAGUAUGGAUUGCGUGAGACUGAUUCGCGCCUCUGUCGAUCCAGUAUCACUAGAUGCAAAUUUCUGCAGUCUCCUGCCGUUUUCAUGAGCUUCUUCUCAUAA